AUGAGCGCAUUUGUGCGAGUGUCUGGCCGUCCAAACACACAUUUUCUGGUCGGGUACCCAGGAAUCUCUGCAACGCUGCCUCGUAUCGAGGGGACAGUCGAAAUUCGUCCCGCGGUCGGCAUAUCGAGCCCGGUCAAUGUCUCCAUUGUCACCAUCUCUCUGCAGAGACGAGAAAGCAUCCAUCCUCAUGCAGACUCGGUGGCCAAGAAACAUCUGGCGGCGCCCAGGAAGGAGUCGACAGAAACAGUGGGGAAGGAAAUGUUGCUGUUUCGGUGUCCGGCCAACAGAGAAUCGGAGGAGAUUAUGUACAUGGACCUACCCUUUGUCAUCUUCAUACCAUUUGGACGUGGAGGACAAGAGACUGCCAGAAGAGUCCCCCCGGCCAGUCUACAGUUACCAAGGAGGACGGCCGAAACAUAUUAUGAGAUGGUGGUGACGGUAGGUUACGGAUCUGGUGAUCGCAAACAAUACGCAUUCCCCGUGCCGAUGGCGCGAUACGAUACACUCUCUACGUUUGGCAUGUACAACCGGCCGGAGACCGCAGAACGAGUGUCAGAUCAUUUGGUGACUCUAGGCAUAUCUCUACCAAGAUGGUCGUACGGACCUUUGGAUCCUGUCAGCGUAUACAUCAAGUUAUCGCCCAACCCGGAUUGGUUGAGCAAGGCACGCAAGGUGACAAUUCGAAAGAUUGAAAUUGGCAUUGACGAGGAAGUCAUCUACAACCACGAAGGCGACGAGCCGCAAAGGAAAACAAAGAGUCUGGUCAAGAAGACAGAGAAUGUAGGGGUGAAGAUGCCCGAAGCAGGCUACUUUACGAACCUGGGGCUUGUUUUCCCUGCGAAUGACCUCCGGGAUGCAGACGGCAUCAUGCCUCGUGGAAAGGCGGCGUUCCCGACAUAUGCAGUAACUGGCUUCACAACAACCGCAGGCCUUUACAAGGUUGAAUACUACUUGACCAUUAAGGCUUCGAUGAACGGUGCCAAAGAUAUUAUUCUAAAGCAGCCAAUCGUGGUGUGUCCUCUUGAUCACGCAGCAUGCAAGGCUGAGAUGGAGGCAAUCGAGCAAGCCGCCCGAGACGCUUCGCAUGUAAAUGCAGACAACCCAAUGCUACCCCUUGCCACCAUCAUACGGGCAUCGGAUCCAAAUGCAAUAGGCUGCCUCGGUGUCGCGCUGGUUGGAUCAGUGAAGAAACCAUUGAUCGAAUGA